AUGCUACCUCUUCGACAGAGACUUGCGUCGCUGCCGCGGCCGACCCUGUUCCGCAGGGGCAAUGCCACCCUCGCGACCCCGAGGCAACCUUUGACCGGACUUCGGGUUCUUGAUAUGUCCAGAGUGUUGGCUGGACCAUAUUGCGCUCAGAUCCUGGGUGACUUAGGAGCAGAGGUUAUCAAGAUCGAGCAUCCUACGCGAGGUGACGACACGAGAGCUUGGGGACCACCCUACGCGCCAUACUUGGACGGCCGAAGCGGGCAAGGCGAGAGCGCCUACUAUUUAUCGGUCAAUCGAAACAAAAAGUCUCUCGCCCUCUCGUUCAAGGAAAAGGCCGGCGUCGACAUUAUAACCAAGCUUGUCAAGAACUCGGACGUCUUGGUCGAGAACUACCUGCCAGGCAGCCUCAAAAAGUACGGCCUCGACUAUGAAAGUCUGGCAAAGAUCAACCCCAGACUCAUAUACGCGAGCAUCACGGGCUAUGGCCAGUCGGGGCCGUACAGCGACCGUGCUGGAUACGAUGUCAUGGUGGAAGCGGAAAUGGGCUUGAUGCAUAUCACAGGGCCCCGAGACGGACCUCCGGUCAAGGUCGGCGUUGCGGUAACGGAUCUGACAACCGGUUUGUACGCAGUCAACAGUGUCUUGGCCGCCAUCAUUGAGCGAGGGCAAUCCGGCCAGGGGCAGCAUCUUGAUGUGUGCUUGAGCGAUUGCCAGGUUGCGACCCUAUCAAACAUGGCACAGUCGGUUCUGGUGACGGGCAAGAGAGAUGGCGGUCGCUAUGGCACAUCUCAUCCUUCGGUUGUCCCUUAUCGCGCGUUCCGCACCAGCGACGGAGACAUUCUGAUUGGCGGCGCAAACGAUAGGCUCUUUGGCGUUCUUUGUAAUUGCCUAGGAAAGCCGGAGUGGGCGAGCGAUGAGCGCUUCUCGACCAACUCGUCACGCGUAGCGAACAGGGAGGUUUUAGAGAAGUGGAUAGAGGAUGCGACAAAGUCCAAGACAACACAGGAGUGGCUUGACAUCUUUGAGGGCACGGGUCUUCCAUAUGCCAAGGUGAAUGACCUGAAGGAUACGUUGAAUCAUCCACACGUUACGGCGAGAGGGAUGGUUAAAGAGCUCGAUCAUCCGGCGCUAGGAAAGCUCAAAGUCCUCAACAGUCCAGUUCAAUACUCAAGAACUGGACCAUCUAUACGAACUCCCCCGCCAUUGUUAGGACAGCACACUGAGGAGGUCCUGGCUGAAGUGCUGGGACUUGACGCAGCUGAGAUUGAGCAAUUGGAGCAUGACCAAGUUGUAUCCAUUGGAUGUGGUGAAGACGAGAUUCUCCAACGAAGCACGAGCGGAACCGUGGUUUACUCAAGCAUGAUAGACUGUUUCCACAAGAUAGCCAAGCAAGAAGGUGUUGGCCGAUUCUACCGAGGGAUUCUGGCCCCGAUCUUGAUGGAGACCCCCAAGAGAGCAACAAAAUUCACAGCAAAUGACUCCUGGGCCAAGUUCUACGCCGACGUGUUCCAGACCCGGCGCCGAGACCAGAAGCUCGCCAUCCUCACGGGCGCGAGUGCCGGCGCCACUGAGUCCAUCGUCGUCGUACCUUUCGAACUAGUCAAGAUACGACUUCAGGAUAAAUCUUCUGCAGCGAGGUACAAGGGCGUUCUCGACUGUGCUGUCAAGAUCGUUCGUGAGUCUGGACCCUUAGGCCUGUACCAAGGCUUCGAGAGCACCGUGUGGAGGCACAUUGUCUGGAACGCUGGCUACUUUGGGUGUAUCUUUCAAGUGCGCUCUCUUCUUCCGACGGCUGAGACGAAGAAAGGUACCAUGGUGAAUGACCUCAUCGCUGGUUCUGUGGGCGGAACAGUUGGAACGCUGCUCAACACGCCGUUUGACGUGGUCAAGAGCCGGAUUCAGAGCACCACGGGUGCGAAGGAGACUCUGCCUUGGGUGUGGACUGGUAUUCUGAAGGUUUACAGGGAGGAGGGUGUUACCGCACUGUACAAGGGGCUAGUGCCCAAGGUCGUGCGUUUUGCACCUGGAGGGGGGAUCAUGUUGGUUGUAUACUCCUUCAUGAUUGACUUGCUCACGUCGGGAGAGUGA